CGGAAGAGGACUUACUACCCUCCAUGUGAUCCAAAAGAAAAAAAAAAGAAAAAGAAAAAAACUAAAACUGAUACCUACAUUUUAUUUUAUGGCUUUGUUCGACGUUGAAUUGUUCCAUAUUGUAGUGUUGAUAUUGACCUAAAACAUAAAAGAAAAGAAUUAGUUUAUGAUUCAACAAAUUGAAUGAUUUCACAUAGAGAAUCAUUCAUAUUUAUACUCCAAAAAAGUUAUGGGGAGAGAAGAUCAUUCAAUUUUUUUUAAUGGAUGUAUGAUUAAAAGAUGAAUUUCAUUAAGCUUUAAUCGGGACACACAGAUACAUUGAGAUAAAAUUCAAUUACAACUAUCUUAAUGUAUGGGUGUGGAUAAAGCUUAAUUGAUAUACAUAUUAAUUAUGCUAUGUUAUCAUUGAUCAUCAAUGAUAACAUGAACGACGACUUAUGGACGAGAGAAGACAAAAAAGAAAAUUAUUCUCUUGACCUUUUUCUUUUUCUCUCACUUUUACAUUUUCAAUAUGUGUACAGAAUAGACGAACACGCCCGCAUACUCACAUGUAAGGUAUGUUGUCAUUUGUUAUGUUGUUUUUCUUUUAGAGUCUGUUGAGUUACUUGUGAAAAUAUUUUGUUGUUGAUAGGCUCGAGCAAUGUUAUUAUGGCAAAAAUUAGAUUUGCAGAAAAGAUCAUGAAAUGACCCAGUCUCAAAGAUUCGAUAUUUUUCAAAGAUUUUACUCGUCAUACACUUAAGAAAAAAAUCUAUGUAUACUUCUUCGACAAACAUUGUUUGAUUGUUCGAUACAAUAGCAAAGUCUGAAUACAAACUCGCUUCUCAACAAUCAAACAAUAGUUUUCAAAAAGAAUACGUAAUUUUUUUUCUUAUUUAGCAGUCGAAUAAAAUCAUAAAAAAAAUUAUCGAGCUUAACGAGAUUGAAUGCCUGCGGCCUUUUCAGUUUUCAUAGACAAUUAUGGAAUUCUUCUCGCACUAAACUAUUGGGCACUGUUAUUGAAUUUUAAUUGCAACAGGGAUGAACUAGUUUAAUUUCCUUGCGUUAUAUUAACUCAUUUAUACACAGCGUUACUUUCAUUUUCGGAUGAACUACUCUUUUAAUUUGAAUAUUGUUUUUCAUAUAACUUUUAUUUUUUUCGAAUAGAUUUUAGAAAAUUUUAUGCUAAAACAAUGGAAGCGAUUUAUAUAUUACAUGAAAAAGAUAUGGACGCUCGUUUUUAUGUUUAUGUUAGGGUAAUUUCAUUUUAUUGAAUAGAUAAUGUAAAAAAUAAAAAAUUAUUUCGAAUGGAUUCAUAAACAUAAAGCUCAAUUACGUAGACAACAUUAGCUGCAUUUAAUGAUACGACCUAUUAAAUGUUUACUUAAAUAUACAUCAACAGCAUAUAUUGAUUAUCAAUUAUUAAUUGAUUUAUUGGACUAAUAGUAUUGAGAUUUGUCUAGUAAGAAAGUGAUUCCGCCAGUAUUAAGUACAUUUUGUUGUUAUUGUUAAAUUUUUGGUCAGAGUUCCUUGUUAUACAUCGUGAUUAUAUAGAAAAAUUUCAAGUUAUUGAACUUUUACAAGAAUUAGCAACAGCACGAACACAUUUAAUCGUUUCUUUUCUUCAAUUGUCUUGAAUAUAUGUUAAGAACACCUAGUAUGAAAACAUUUUACUUAUUCAAUUAAGGAAUAUUCAAAGUUUAUUUGAUAUUCAACUAUUAUCAUUAACAAUUGAUGAAACUGAAAAAUUCGGAAUACUUUGUUCGAUUGAAGGUCAAAUACGUCAACAUAUAUUUCGUGUUAUUAAUGAAAAUACAAAUACUAGUAGUCAUAGUUCAAAGUCUUAUUUUACUGAUUCAAUGUCUUCACUAUUACCGAUUUCAACAUUAUCGAAUAAUACUCAUCAUCAUGGAAGUAAUAAAACUUAUUCUUCACUUAUUCAAACAUCACUUGAGAAUUUAGACAUUGGUUGA